AGGUAUUCCUGCAUCCUAACGUUACUGUCCAUACAGUGUAGUCUGCAUUCAUCUGACCUGAAGCUCUGCUAACAGCAGCUGCAAUCGAGACCCAUGACUCCCUUCCUGCUCUUCAAUUUAUUGAUAACUGUCUUUCUGUUGAUUUCUUGUUGAUACGCUUCAGGUCUUCCUGCAUCUCACAGUCACUGUCCAUGCAGCAUCUGCUUUCAUCCAAACCGAACCUGCGUCUACAGCUGCAAGCAGAACUUCAGUCCCUGUCCUCUCUACAAUGGCACCACCAUCAUCGAACAACCCAUUGACCUGAUGACUCUGGAUGAGAAGUAUGCCACUCAGGCUCGCAGGGCAAUCAGGAAGAGUGUAGAUGCUGGGAAACCCUUCUUUCUAUACUACUCCUUCCAGCAUACUCAUGACCCGCAGUAUGCAGACUGGCGGAACACUGGGGCGACUGCUCGGGGUGACUACGGUGAUGCCCUGGCAGCAAUGGACUGGGAGAUUGGGCAGGUGAUGGAAGAGCUUGAUCAACAGGAUAUAUGGGAGGAUACAUUCAUCUUCUUCAGUGCAGACAAUGGACCAAGUCUCUCUAAGCGAUGGGGAGGCAGUGUAGGACUUUUAAAGUGUGGCAAGGCCACCACCUACGAGGGAGGUGUUCGGGUCCCAGCCAUAGCCCACUGGAAGGGUCGUAUCAAGCCUGGUUACACCUUAGAACUUUCCAGCACCUUGGAUAUUCUACCAACUGUAGCCAAGAUCACAGGGGCCAGACUUCCCAAUGCUGUGUUAGACGGUGUAGACAUGGCACCAUUUCUCUUUAAUGAUGGCAAGAGUUUGAGAGAGACGUUCUUCUACUACUCACCAGCAGCCAGUGAGAAACAGAAUUCCUUUGCAGUUCGUUACAAGCAAUACAAGGCUCACUUCUACACCAAGGGUUCCACUCUCUCAGGGGUGGGACAUCCUGACCCAGAUUGCAGGAAGACUGCCAAGAGAACCAAACACAGCCCUCCCCUUCUCUAUGACCUCCACAGGGAUCCUGCAGAACAGUACAACAUUGCCUACGAGCCCGAGUACCAGGAUAUCAUCCAGCUCAUCACCCGCAUUAGGGAAGACUUUGAUGGGAGAAUGGAGUGGGCUGUGUCAGAGAUGCAUAAACCAUCUUACAGUGAGUACAUGCCCUGUUGCAAUCCUGGAUGUGAGCCACAGCCGUACUGCUGCCACUGCACCCUGACAAGCUCAAUUGCCUACAAUCCUUGGGAGCUCUACACCGACAUCUGGCAAGAUAGUAACAGGGAGGGGAAGAUGAAGAGGAAGGAGAGGAAGGAGCUCUAUAAACGAGAGCGAGAGGAAGGCAGAAGGCAGCUGGGGUUUAAUAAAGACCAGAAAAGAGGGAGGGACAAUGCUCAAGAUGUCUUCUUAGAUGCUGAUCUUGAUAGAGGUGCAGGUAGAGAUAGAGUAAGGGAUGGAAACAGAGAUAACAACAGGGGAAUCUUUGAUGACCCUCCAGUAGGAGUCACAGACAGAGAUCGGGUGAGGGAUAAACCACAGAGAGGCUGGGAGAAGGAUAGUGAUGGCACGAGGGAAAGAAUGAAAGUCAGUCCUAGAGGAAGAGUCCGGAUCAUCACAGCUGAAGAUCCUCCAUCGAGGGGCGUUAGGGAUCGGAGUCGGGAUAGACCCAGAGAUAGUGGGAACACUUUUGGAGAAAACCAAAGAGAUAGACGAAGAGAAGGUUCGCGGAAAGAAGCCAGGUUAAAUGGUCAAGUAAAUAUUCCUGAUGAUGCUAGAGAAAGUGCUGGUAGUGGUAGCAACUUACAUUAUCUGAAUCCUUCACACUUGCAUACCACCAGUGAAACACCUAGCCCACAGAAUGGGAGAAAGGAAUCGGGUUUGGGAUAUGGGGGAAGUGGUUCUCAUCAAGGCAGAGACAACUUGAGAGAUGCAACAGGACAAACAAUCAAUAAUUACUUCGGGAGCUUUGUUGCCUGGGACAGUUCCAAUGAGCAAAUGGAUGAGAGUAGUCUUGGAGGCAUUGCCAACCCUCUUGCAGACACUCAAGUCCAACAGGUAGCAAACACCUAUGAAGAAGCUUUUGAGACCACACCAAAUGCACCAUUGGCAUUUGACAUAGUGAUCAAAGACCGUAGGAGACACAAUAGAGACCAGAAGAACAUUGACAGGAGAUUAGAGAGGCAGAACAAAAAAGAGUUGCGCAAAAUAAGAUUUGGUACAGAUCAAAAUGAUGAUCGAACAUUUAACUUUUGAUGGAAACUACAGAUGCAUGUUACUGCAAACAUGAUGCUUCUGUGUCAAUGGAUAGGUGAAAGAGAAUGUAUAAUGUUGAAUUUCUGAAGUGCCAGUAUGAACUUGUGUUGCCAUUACACCAUUAUCCUCGUUGGUGGUCAUCCGAACCGUCGUAUCACAGAUAUGAAAGUGCAAACCCAUUUCAGAGAAAAUCUACUUAAAAGUUUACUAUAAUUUCCACACUUUUGUCCACAGCCUUGCAAGAUUUUCAUUGAUAGAAAAAUACAUGGUAGUGCAGGAAAAACCAAGACAAUUGCUUGACAUUGGUAUCUUUAUUUUAUGCAAAACCAAGAAUCAGAGAAAAUAUCGCAAAAGAGCUACAAGCAUUUAAUUUUGGUUUGAGCGGUUUAGAGAUUCCCUGUACAAAACUGCGAUAGGAAAUACAAUGCUUACCACAAUGCAGAAACGAUGGUUUGCUGGCAGCUGUCCGUUUCAUUACAUGUUUCCAGUGGGAUUUGCGCAUUUUAUCAAAAAUUUGAAUGACAUCGCCUUCUCAGGAACUAAAAUCAGUUACUGCCUUUGAAUUUAACGUGGAGCGUUGUGGCCCAGUGGAUUAGUCUUCUGACUUUGAAACAGAGGGUCGUGGGUUCGAAUCCCAGCCAUGGCGUAAUUUCCUUCAGCAAGAAAUUCAUCCACACUGUGCUGCACUCAACCCAGGUGAGGUGAAUGGGUACCUGGCAGGAAUUUAUUCUUUGAAAUGCCACCGCGCUGUAAAAGGCUGCGGGGCUAAAGCCAGGGUAAUAAUAUCCAAGUCCUUUGGGAGCACAUAGGGACGUUAUGACAUAAUGUGAUAUGCACUAUACAAGAACUGCGUUAUUAUUAUUAUUAAUUUUGUAUAGAGUAGGACUUGUAUCUCCAUUUUCUGCAAAAUAUCAAAAUUAAUAUUUUGACCAAAAUUGACUGAUGUGACAGUUCAGAUGAACACCGACGAAUAGUGGUGUGAGACAGACACAGAUAUGUCAAGAAAGUAAGAGGGUGAAUGAGAACAGACAAAAAAUUAUUUUCAAUAUUUAGGGGCUAUUUUUCACAACCUACUGCACAAAUCUGCAACUUUGAAGAAGCUUCAAUAUUACAGUGAAUUGAGAUUUUCCAGGGCUCUUAAUUAGAAUUUUAAUUAUUUAAUUUGUGACGUCAUAUGCGAGCAGCUUUCCUACAAUAUCAUAUGGUAAAAAAUCAAUGAAAUGUCAUUAUUUUCAGAAAAUUGAAAAAAAAAAUUUACUGUACCUUCAGUAUAUCAAUAUACAAAUCAUUUCACACCCGUUCCUUAAAAGAAAACAAAAAUAAAUCAUCACGAACCAUUAAAAGUUUGAAAUUUAUCAAUGCAUUACAUAUUACAUAACAUAUGGGGCAGCUGCUCGUUUAUGAUGUCCCAAAUCCAAAAACCAAAAUUCUGAUAACUUUCUUAAUUUUUAAUUGAUUUUCCUCAAACCUUUACCGAUAUUUUGUUUCUAUUUUUUCCGCUGUUUUUACAACAAUCUUUUCUUCAGGGUGAAUUUCCUAUUUAAGUAUGAAUUAAGUCUGUAGCUCAAACAAAAUUCAGCAUCUCAUUGCUAUUCUCUAUUUGAAAAUGGUCAGUGAGAGUAUGAGGCUUUACGAUGCAGGGUAUGUAUUUAUAAUGCUAUGCAGGAAAACACAUUGCAGGGUCUGCACUCGGCUGUCAUUAUUUAUCUAACACUCACUUAUGAACCUAUGCACUUGUUAAUGAGGUUUCUAAAUUUCUUUUAGUCUUAAAACGGGAACUAACAUCCCACAAAUGUGUAAAUAUUAUGUCAUUACGACUGUCAAAGGGAUAUGAAGCAGUAGUAGAGCAUACACUUGUGAAUGCUCUUUUGUCAGCCACCCAAGACGAAAAUGUGCAGAAAAUUUUAAAGACACUCAAACUUAAAAGCAGUAUGGAGCCAUGUAGCGGAUGAAAAAUAUUAUGGGUUGAAUCACUUGUUAUUUUUUUCAUCAUAAAGUAAUGUGCAUGAUAAUAUUCACAAUUAAAGUAGAUUUUUUGCUUCAUUUAAAAAAAAAACUCAAGAGAUUCAGACCUUUCAAAUAUUUCUUUGUAUUGGAGAAGUUACGGCUAUAAAUAAUUUGCACUGAUAUGUUUAUAGCAAGUUUUUCAGUCAUGUAAAUUGUAAUCAACAUCAACAUGUUUACACUAUUGCUAAUCAAUGUGACCUCAAAUAAUUAAGAAAUCCACUUGUACUGCCGUGUAACAGUGGUUUGUGAAGCUUUGCAUUAGUCUCCCCCUCACAGGGAAUAAUUUUCCUUGUAUCGCAUCGAAAUGUACUCCACAUUUUUUUUAAACUGCUACAACAAAAAGUCUUGUGGAGCAGAUUUAACAUAUAGUUUUCCAAACUCAGUUUAGUGCUUUUCUCUCAUGACCAAAAAUGCUAAUCGAACUUGUAAAAUAAACUUAUUCCCUGCUUUGGAGUCCGAAAGUGUCUUUAUAAAAUAAACAGGUGCUAUCCACACACUGCCUAGCCUGGCUCACAGGCUGAAUGCAUUUUUUGUAGUAUAUUUUAUAUCAGAAUAUAUAUUUUGUAAUAAAUGACAGUAAACGUUGCCUUAGGAGUAAAAACAUUGUGCCUCGUACAAAUUAAUGAAUAUGCAAGCAUAUGUGGACUUACGAUUAAUAAUUCAAAUUCAAUUAAUGAAUAAUGAUUUUUGUUAGUGCCUAUGUAUUUUGUUUGUUGCUGCUGUAAAUUGUGCAUUUUUAAAAUUUGGAUAUCUGUAUUCAUUCUAGGUUUUUUUUUUUCAAUUUUGAGUACUUUUUAACUGUGUGUGUGUAGAAAUUUAAACUUAGCAUUGUGCAUACAGGGCAUUGUACAAAUAGGAGCAAACGAUACUCUCAUUUAUAAGUCAUAGAUUUUAGAAUAAUUGGAUAUGAUCAUUCUUUGUAGAGUACAUAUAUAUGUUUGAAAUUUAGGUACAUGUAAUAUGUCACAGGGUACCAGAAGUUAAUGAUAAUUAGACAUUUUUUAAUUGAAAUAGGAUAAAUUCUUCACAACUUUUCUAUUAGUUAGUCACAGGAAGUGGGCAAAAUAGUUGUUAAUGCUAUAGAAGGUCUCAUAAAUUGAUAAAUUGAACUGAUAUUUAUUCUAAAAGAAAAGGAAAGUUGAGACCUUAGGGUUUCGAGCCCUUUUAGUGCUCUCAUUUCACAAAUAGAGAAUACAGUGUUUUGAAAAUGUUAGUGAGUGUUCCUUUGACACCAACAGUAAAUUGUUAGUAAAAACUUAUUAUUCUAUACAGUAAUUGCUUUCAUAAAAGCCAUGAAGCGUUUUGCCCAUGCAGGCACAGUUGAUGAUACAUGAAAUAUUCCUCGCAUACAUUGGUGCUGUACUAAAUCUUGAGUUAGCUUGAAAACAACAACAAAUUUUUGCCUCAUUUUGGCAUUUUCAUUUAUGGUAUUUCAUUUUGCCAUAGUAUCUCCUGAUCAAUUCAUUAUCCAAAAGUUUCAUUAUUUUCAUUGAUAAUAAGAGCAAGCUGUUUUAUAAUAUAAUAUAAACAAUUCAAAGAGUUUUUCCCCCAUUAUGUAAUUUUUCUAUAAAAAGUAUUCAGUUUUUAUGCCAUGUUUUUGCCAUUUUUCAUUAUGUAAUUGAAUUCAUCUUUACAUUUCUUUAUACUGCUCAAAGUUACAUUUCAAAUUUUAUUUGAAAAUCAAUUCAAUUUCAUAUCUAUGGUUGUAGGAAUUUUUAUUAUGUUUCUAAGCUGGGAGACUCUAGGAUUUCCAGGCAUUUACAUCUGAUGUUAUUCUAUUGAUCACUCUUAAAAUUAUGUAAACUGUAAUAAAAAAUAUCCUUGAGAAUAUCAUUAACAUAUUUAGAUUUUUACGAAAAUCUCACAAGCUGGUUGGUGAAGUUUCAGAAAUUCAAAGAUGUAUAUAAAUAUUAAAGAUCGUCACAGUAUUAGCAGUGCAGUAAUAUUUUUUUCCCACGUUACUCCUCAUUAUUUUCUACCUAAAUGAACUGUUCAAUAGCUGGAUAUUUUGUUUCCUCGAAAUGUGUUUUUCUUGUGUUGUAAAUUAGUUUUGCUAUGUAUUAUUGAUAUGAAAGACACAAAUAUGUUUAGACCGCUUGUUACAAAAUUGACAGGGUUGUUAUAUUUUAGUUAAUGAAGUAAUAAACAUUUUUGAUUAAGAAUCAUGCAAGAGAGGGAAGUUGAAUUGAACUUUAUUUUUCAAACAUGAAUUUUCAUUACUCUACUCCCUCUUUCUAUUUGGGGGUUUAUUAUGGGUUUGACGUCAAUAUUAUACACUGAAAUAUAUAAGUUUUGUAAUUAUAUUUUUCUUGUGGCACCCCUAAAUGCAGGACCUCAAAAUGCCACAACAUCUUGGUUGAAAAAAAAGUUUUAAAGAUUUGGUUUGACUUUCCUAUUGGAUGCUCUUCAUUGAUUAGGAUAAAUCUGUAACUCAUUUUUAAAAUUUCAUCAUUUUGGGGGGUUCAAAUUUUAAUUUUACUCUAUUCAUCAGAAUCCUUUAUAGAAGAUAAAUAUUUCAAAAUGUCUUCUUUAUGUACUUUUUUUAAAGUGUGGUAUGUGCUAGUGCAAUUCGCUGUAGUGUAAAUUUUUGUAAUGAAUUAACAGCUGCAGAUUUCAUAUUUUAUUUUUUAAUGAGAAUCAUUCAAAUGAGAUGAAAUCCAUUGUGUAUUGUAGUUUUGAUUAUACAAACAGUACAAAAUAGCUUCCAUUGAAUAAUGAUAUUUUAUGUAAUAUUUGUAUUUUGUAAAAAAAAACAGCUUUUAUUCAAGAUUGAGACAAGUCAAUUUGAAUGUGUACAUGUAGAAAAUUUGCUUUAAAGUUUUUUUAUUGUAUUUCUUUUUUGGCAUUUGGGCAGUCAAGAAUCUUUAAUGUAGUAAAUUAUCACACUUUCUGAGGGUUUUUUUUGUAUUAUUUUUAGGGAAGCUUUUCAUAUUUGAAUGAAAAUAUGGCAUUAUCAAUCUACAGUAUAGCAUCUCAUGAUAAUCAUCCAAAUUCUAAUCAGAGAAAUUGUGAAAAUAAGCCCCUUUUUGUUCUUGUUUUGUAUGUAUAUUCACAUUGAUUUUUUUAUUUUGUCAUCUGAUUGAGCCCCUAUUCUGCAAUAAUAUAAAGGAACUCCCAAAACGUUGAGGUAUUCAUGCAUUUAUCACUUUGUUACAUAUUUCAGUUCCUUCAGCAGAUUUGGGUGCUGAUAUUCGCCCAAAUUUAGUUUGGAAUAUAGUGUGGUAAUCUGUAUUUUGUUACUAAAAUGAAAAAAAAAGGCUUCUGGAAAUAAUAUUGUUAUAUAUGAUACUUUUAAUAUAAAAAAAUGCAUUGUUUUUUAGUUUGUGUUUUUAAUGGAAAUUCUAUAAUUUCUAAGGAUUCUAAGACAACUCGAUACCCAUUGUGUCUUGAUAAUCAAUACAUGUGUUAUUCAUUAAUUGGGAUAUUAUUUAAGAAAUAAUUAUUUAUCAUUAAAACUGCUCAACAAUACUCGUAAAAAAAUU